AUGUCCAAGACUAUCGAGCUCGAUGACCUCCACGUAAGGACCCAGCCAAUGCCUGAGUUGUCGAUGCGAUCUGGCCCAUCUGAGAUCCCCGAGCCAAAUUUGAACCCAGUGACUUCUUUUUCACCUGUCGAAUCUCCAGUGGAUACACAGCAACAAGACAACACAGAAGAUUCUCCGGAUCAAUUCCCUGAUGGUGGCUGGAAGGCCAUCAGUGUGGUGAUUGGCUCGCACAUUGGUCUUAUUGUCAACUUUGGUAUUCUCAACGCCGUGGGUGCUGUUCAGGCGUAUGUAUCCAGUCACCAAUUGGCAGGCGAGAAGGUUUCCACUGUCUCGUGGGUAUUUUCCAUCUACAUGUGCUUGCCAUUCUUUCUUGGUGCGUUUGUAGGUCCCAUCUUCGACUCGAAAGGUGGUACAGUGCUUUUGAUUCUUUCAACAGUAUUGCUUUUUGGCGGCUUUAUAGCUGUGAGUUUCUCCAAGUCAAUCGUCGCAUUCAUCUUCUCUCUCUCAUUAUGUAUGGGCACGGCGCAUGCAUUGGCCAUCACUCCGUUGAUUUCGCUGGUGAGCCAUUGGUUCUUACUCAACAGAGGAAAAGCCAUUGGAAUGGCAUCGUUGGGAGGCUCAGUGGGCGGAACAAUCUGGCCGCUUAUUCUCCAGAGAUUGUACUCUACUGUGGGUUUUGGCUGGGGUAUCAGAAUUGUGGGGUUUAUCUGUUUGGCUGGACUGGUGGCUUCAGUGGUGUUGGUGAAAUCUAGGUUCCGCAGAUCAAUUGGACCUGAGGACUCAGAGCAUUUAGCGAAGUCGAAGAAACUCAUGCAGCAGACAAAGUACUUCUUCGACUUGACCGCAUUCAAGGAUCCCCGCUUCUCGUUCUUGGUGCUCGGGGUGUUUUUCACAGAGAUCUCGCUAAUGAGUAUUCUCACUUACCUUGCUACAUAUGCCAUUGCUCACGGCUUCUCGGAAAAAGAUUCCUUGACGCUAUUGACGGUGCUCAAUGCCACGGGAAUUCUCGGCAGAUACAUUCCGGGCCACUUCGCUGACAUCUACGGAACCUUCAACGUGAUGGUGUUGAUGUUAACUGGUUUCUCUAUUUCUGUGUUCGCAUGUUGGCUACCAUUCGGAAACAAAGUUGCUGGUUUGUACGUUUUCUCAGUGCUCUGUGGCUUCUUCAGCUCUUCAAUUUUGAGUCUUACCCCGCUCUGUCUUGGCUCCAUCACCCCUGUGGAUCAGUUUGGCCAGAGAUAUGGCCUCAUGUACACAUUUUCUAGUGUGGGUAUCCUCUUUGGACUUCCAGUGGGUGCGGCAAUCAUUGGAGAAGGCAGCGUAUCUGACUACUCCAAAUUUGCGCUUUUCUGCGGUGUUUUCUCUUUGGUGGGCACCUUAUGUUGGGCGAUCAGUCGUUACCAAAUUGUUGGACUUCUGUUCAACUCGAGAGUUUAA